UCCUCCAGAAUCUUCCCCAGGUGUGACAGAGGUGACCAUCAUAGAAAAGGCACCUGCUGAACGUCAUAUGAUUUCUUCAUGGGAACAAAAGAAUAACUGUGUGAUGCCUGAGGAUGUGAAGAACUUCUACCUGAUGACCAAUGGCUUCCACAUGACAUGGAGUGUGAAGCUGGAUGAGCACAUCAUUCCACUGGGCAGCAUGGCAAUCAACAGCAUCUCAAAGCUGACUCAGCUCAACCAGUCUUCCAUGUAUUCACUUCCUAAUGCACCGACUCUGGCAGACCUGGAGGAUGAUGCACAGGAAGCUAGUGAGGACCAGCCAGAGAAGCCUCACUUUGACUCUCGCAGUGUGAUAUUUGAGCUGGAUUCAUGCAAUGGGAAUGGAAAAGUUUGCCUGGUCUACAAAAGUGGAAAACCAGCAUUAGCUCAAGACACUGAGAUCUGGUUCCUGGACCGUGCAUUAUACUGGCAUUUUCUCACAGAUACCUUUACCGCCUAUUACCGCCUUCUCAUCACCCACCUGGGCCUGCCCCAGUGGCAGUAUGCCUUCACCAGCUAUGGCAUCAGCCCACAAGCCAAGCAAUGGUUCAACAUGUAUAAACCCAUCACCUACAACACAAACCUGCUUACAGAAGAAAGCGACUCUUUUGUGAAUAAACUGGAUCCCAGCAAAGUGUUUAAGAGCAAGAACAAGCCCUUAAUCCCAAAAAAGAAAGGACCCAUGCAGCCUGCAGGUGGCCAGAAAGGGCCCUCAGGUCCCAACACUUCUAAGUCCUCUGGCUCUGGAAACCCCAUCCGGAAAUGAGCACCUGACCUCCAGCUCCACUAUGGCAAUGUCCAUUUCCAGAUGGCCCAGGGAAGCCCCAACCUCAGAUUUCCUGUGUGGAACUGUAGGCCUCUUCCCAUGUGAAUGACCAAAAUCCUAGACCUUUUCCUCCCACUGACAUUAGCCGGAGUUGGAAGCACAUACUGAGGUCUUCCCAGGAGUCCUUCCCUCAUGCCCCUCACAGUGGAUCAUGCUGUCCCUUGCCUCCAGAACCAGUGAGGAAUUUCGGAUUUUGUUUAAGUGAGCAAAUCUGUUGAGAGCUUUCCUUUUUCCACAUCUAACCCUGAGUCCUUUAGCAGUGAUUAGAGAAGUCCCUGAAAGAAACCACUGGUUUUGACCCCUGAGGCAUUAGAACUUCAUCAUUCAAUCAGGAGCCACUAGUCACAUGGCUGUUUAAAUUAUAUUAAAAAUGUAUUUCCCACAUUGCAUUAGCCACAUUUUGAGUAUUUGUGUGGCUGGUAGAUUCUGUAUUAGCACAAAGAUAUGGAACACUUCCAUCAAAUUCUGUUGGACAGCAAUGGAAUAUUUUCACGCUGCUGCUCCUCAGAUGAGUUCAUUUUUGUUAGAUAAUAUUUGAUAGGUCAUAAUGUUCAUGAGAACACUUGAAGAUAUAUUGUGUGUUAUGUCCUUUACCACAAACAUACCUCGCUCUGCUCAUUUGUUUUUCAGUUUCCUAUAAAAUUUGUCUUCCUCAUCA